AUGUGUCGAGCAGCGAGUCGUGAGCCGAGGCUGCGCAGCACCCAGACAGCUCCCCGCAAUCCCAGCGGUUAAUUAAUGGUAUUCAUUAAUUAGCACCACCCCGGAGUCAGUCCCUGCAGCUCAGAGCCCCGGACGCUGCGCGGCGCCGUCUUAUUCCCCACACAAUCAUCCAGCAUCCCAAGCACAACAAUGGCUCGACCCUCGCUGCAGACGCCGCUCUCGAAGCUGCUGGGGAUCCAGUACCCAAUCAUACUCGCGGGCAUGGCGCGCACAUCGGGCGGCCCGCUCGCGGCAGCCGUGUCGAACGCGGGCGGCCUCGGUGUGAUUGGCGGCCUGGGCUACACGCCGGAGCAGCUGCAGGCCAUCAUCGACGAGCUGAAGAGCAACCUGGACGACAAGUCGCUCCCGUUUGGCGUCGACCUCGCGCUGCCCCAGGUCGGCGGCAGCGCGCGCAAGACGAACCACGAUUACACGCACGGCCAGCUCGACGAGCUGAUUGAGGUGACUAUUAAGAACGGCGCGAAGCUGUUCGUCAGCGCUGUUGGCGUGCCGCCCGCGCGCACGAUCAAGCGGCUGCACGAGGCGGGCAUCCUGAUCAUGAACAUGGUCGGGCACCCCAAGCACGCGGUCAAAGCGCUCGACGCGGGGGUGGACAUUGUGUGCGCGCAGGGCGGCGAGGGCGGAGGGCACACGGGCGACAUCACGAACAGCAUCCUGAUCCCCGCCGUCGUCGACGUGGCGCGCAGGUACAAGUCGCCGCUCACAGGGCAGCCGGCGAUGGUGGUGGCGGCGGGAGGCAUCUACAACGGACGCAGUCUGGCGAGCAGCCUGAUGCAGGGCGCGCAGGGCGUGUGGGUGGGCACGCGGUUUGUCGCGUCGACCGAGGCCGGGUGCUCGACAAUGCACAAGGAGGAAGUCGUGUCGGCGGACUUUGCCGACACGGGGCGCACGCUGGUCGUGUCCGGGCGACCGCUGCGGGUCAAGUACAACGACUACAUCAACGAGUGGCACGCGCGCGAGGGCGAGAUGAAGGAGCUGCUGGACAAGGGUGUGGUGCCGCUGGCCAAGGACAUGGACGACGGCAAGGACGUGGAUAUCCCGUUCCUGAUGGGCCAGGUGGCGGGCGUGAUCCAGGACAUCCAGCCGGCACGGCAGAUUGUGGAUGAGAUGGUGAGCGAGGCGGUGCACAUGCUGCAGCUGGGGCAGACGUUUAUCGACGCGGCGCCAAGGGGAAGCAAGCUUUGAGUGUUGCGGUGCAUAAGCUUUGCGUGUCGCGGUGCAUAAGCUUUGCGUGUUGCGGUGACUAAACUUUGAGUAUUGCGGUGACUAAGCUUUGAGUAUUGCGGUGACUAAGCUUUGAGUAUUGCGGUGACUAAGCUUUGAGUAUUGCGGUGA